GCACUAGGGUCUCUCUGGUGCUCAUAUUCAAUGAAUGCUGCCAUAUUAAAGGUGGCCCUGCCUUGAACUUUUCCUCUGGCCAUGCACUGUUGCCUCUUGUUCCAGAACUUGCCCCAAACCACUGCAGCCUCCUUAUCUGUUUCUGCACUGGUUCCAGCCACUUUUAUCAUCCUGUGUGCCAGCCUUUACAUCCUGUGAGAAACAACCACCCACUUUUUAAAUUUUUAAAGGUUUAUUAAACCUUAACAAAAAAUACAACAAAAGGAGCAAAUAAGGAGAAGCAGGCCGGGGAGUUUCCCUCAUGGCUGCUACCACGUGGCUGGCUCACCUUCAAGAUGGAUGCUUCUCCUUUGAUACCGCGGGUGGUUGCAUCAGCUAAACCUGGGCCCUCCCAAAGUCUGUCUGACAACUCUUCUUUGUGUGUAUUGGUGGAGCCUGCGUUCUUGCAACUUGACUGGAGGGCAGGUGUUGUCAUGCUGCACCUCCCCCCCAGCAACAAGCUUUGUACCCCCCUUCUUUGUACCUGUCACAGGUGACUCAGGGCCUCUGACGGCAGCAAUACAGAGGGGGAAAAGGGGAUUAUGGGGAGAAGAGAGGACAUCUAAACAACAGACUACAGUAACAUAAUUAUACAUCAAUGAAGCUUCUCUUAUUAUUCACCCACUAUUCAUCCCUUAACUGUGAGAGCCAAUCAUCCCAUUACCCAUCUAUAACACAUCCUUUUAAAUUUUGGCCACUUUGCUUUUGAACAACUUCAGAAGAACUGAAAAUGUUUAUUCUCUAUGUUAUUUAUCAGCCUCCUGCCGAACAGCCCAACCCUCCCCCCUCCCUCUCCCACCCCACAAUUUCCACCACUCUCCUCCUCUGCACAUCUCACUCCUCCCCUCUGAAUCCUUCCCACUGCAGGGAGCUGCUGAGGAGCCACAUGGUCCAUCCCUGGAUUCUCCAAGCACUGACUGCCCAUCCAUGCUGACCACAUCCAGGGGCCACAUCCCACUGCCUGCCCAGUGUCCAUCCAUGGAGGUGACCACCGUGUCCACUUUCUUCACCUCACCAAACGAUGGACCUGGUCAGUGUGAGAUCAAUGUCUCCAGCAUGGCCAUGCACUUUGUGACGCUGCUCAUCGGCCUCUGUGGGCUGGCUGGGAACGGGACUUUCCUCUGGCUCCUCCUCAUUGAUGCCAUCACUGACUUUGUGGCUUUCAAUCAGGCCAGCAUCGACUUCCUCUUCCUCAUCUUCAUGGUCCCCUCCACUCUGCUCUUCCUUGUGGAGGAAGUGUCCUGCUCUGCUCUAAUAUCCCCAAUGUAUUUGAGCUUGCUUUCCCAGCUGUCACUGUUCACCUACACCAUGGGGCUGUUCCAGCUGAUGUUCAUCAGCAUCGAGAGGUGCAGGUCCAUCCUCUGCCUGUUUUUCUGUGUUGGGCAACAGUCUGAGCAAUUGUUGUGGGUGGUGAUGAGUGCCCUGUUCUGGGCUUUGUUCUUUGUUGUCACCGCUGUCAAUCCCACAGUGACUUCCCUGUGCCAGUCACACGAACAGGAGAAGUGCCAGGUGGCUCUCACCUCCAUGUACGCCCUCAACCUCUUCCUAUUUGCUGUACCUAUGGUCAUUUCCUGCACAAUCCUCUUCAUUCAUUUCAAGCCUGGAUCCCAAGAGCCACCCAAGAAUCUGGACAUCGUUAUCUUCCUUGUUGCACUCUUCAGUCUGCCCCUCAGUCUCUGGUUGUUCCUGCAGCAGCUCGGUUACACGGCUGUGCCCUCCCAGGUGGUUUUCCUGCUCACCUGCAUCACCAGCAGCAUCAAACCCUUCAUCUACUUCUUGGUGGGGAGCUGGAAGAGAGCCUACUCCAUGAGAAGCUGCUGGAGACUCUGCUCCAUGCAGAGCUGCAGGAGGCACUCCUCCAUGCAGUCCCUAAGGAAGGCAAUCCACAGGGUGUUUGAGGAGCCGAGAGAAAACACUGCCUGUGGAGAUGAUCCCGCUGUGGACACAGAGGCCUCAGCCUGUUGAUCCCUUCCACUGCUCUGCUGAAGGACCCUGGGACAGUGCCUGAGAGAUUCCUUGAGUCUCCUGAUCAGUAAAUACCCACAGUGUGACCCUCCCUGUGCUGGGGCAUCCCCAGCCCCUUUCCAGGCCGCUCUGGGCUCUGAUCCGUGCUUGUGAGGCCUCAGCCUUGAGGAGCAGCCCCGGGGCCCAGCUCCUCUGGCACUGAUCAGAAACACCCUCUGCUCCCAGGAACUGCUGCUGUCCAACCACCUCCUGGGGCUUUAUCAACAGCCUUGGGAAUUAUUGCACUCCCCUGAAUGCCACAGCAUCCCUGCUCUCCCACUUUCCCAGGGAGCUGCCGGCCGAAGUGUGGCCAGGGUGAAACAUGGCUGUGCCUGACGCCCGUGCCUUGGGGCCCUGUGAGCAGCGGCCCAAAAGGAGACCCUUGGAGCUGAGCAGAAGCUCCCUGGGAGUGGGGCCUCUCCGAGCUGGGAUCUCUCCCGUGUGCUGCCCUCGGCUGAUCCCCGAACGCCGACGGCUCCUGGGCCGAUCCCCCCGGUGCUCGAGGCCCAGCCCUUGGCCCAGUGAGGAGAUGCAAAGGGAUCCGCAGGGAGCAUUCCACUGCCUGCCAGGGGAAUUUCUCACAGGGACCUUGCACUGCCUCUUUCUGGCUGUGUGCACACACGUGUGCAGCUGCUGUGGCAGAUGUGGCAGAAAUGCUGCUCUCUCAGGUGUGUUAGUGCCUGAGACAUCUGAGCGAGUCAGGCC